AUGGAUUUACUCGUUGAUCCAGAGAUGGAAUUCCGCUUUGGAGGGUCGGCAUCUAUGAGUUCUGCUCCGAGGAGGAGUCUGUCUGAAGAAUCGAUCGACAGAUUUCAAUUCUCUGUGGAGAACGAGCCUGAUCCCUAUGUCACCGAUGCUGACGAUUCCUAUUCGUUUACAGAAGACAGUGCUGAAAUCACAUGCGAGGAUCAUCUGCAAUCUACGUUUGCAGAUAAAGCAGCCGAAAAGGAUAGCAAGUAUACGCGUAAUAUAUCCAGGUCUUUUACAGUGAAAAAGAGCAGUCUAUCUUCCAGUAGAUCCAAAUUUGGGAAGUCUCUUAAAGACAGCCCUCCAACCUCGGAGAAUGACGAGAAUGAACCAUUUUCAAGUAAUCUUCUCUGGGUACCUGCAGACCAGCAUCCGAAUGUUAAACUGGAAAAUUACUUGGAGCUUGUAACUGAUACUCUGCAUAACUUACAACUUGUUGGAAGGGAGCAGCUCGAAAAGAAUCCGAAUUCUAAUUACCAGCUGAGUCAGACGAACUCAACCAGCGCUCAUGAAGCCAUUCCUUCUAAAAACUCACUCGUUAGAAAGCCUUCUAGGCUAAGAAAAUCAUUCACAGAGGCAGAAAACAUAGAUGACCCAAAUUCUGAUGAGGACUUAAAUACUGAAACGCCAAUAUCUAAACGUAAAAGAGUUUCAUCUUUGAAGGAGAUUACCGAGGAGUUAACCCGUAUCUCUAACAAUGCAGGCUUGACUGAUAGUGACGCUAUUACGUUGGCAAGAACAUUAGGUAUUGGUACUCCCGCUGCGACAGACCGAAGGAAUUUCACCAACACAGAUGUUGCAUCCAAUGAUGAAAUAGAUGAAGAAUAUGCUUCCAACAUCCUUACAAAAAAUGGGUUAUCAAUCUCGCAGGGAUCAUCACUGAGAAGAAGUAAAUUCGCUACAUAUAGGAUAAGGUCUCCAAGUGGUGAUAGCUUACCUUUACUUGAAUCUGGGUCUUUACUUCCAUCGCUUCCUGAAUAUGCACAAGAACAAGUAGCAAAUCAUUUAAAAGAUGCUCAUGUUUUUAAAGAGGGCCAACCUCCUCAGUCAUGGGACGCAAGCAUUACGCCUCAAUCCCCAAAUUCUAUUAAUGAUAUUUACGAUCAUUAUAACACAACAGAUACUGAUGAAUAUGUGAGUGACGAUUUGACAUCGCCAUCCACACAAAUGUCGGGUGCCAGUUAUACUGUUUCUCCAGCACAAGUAUCCUGUGGACACUCUAAAAAAGAUACAUAUGCUAUAUCUUCGUCAACUACUUCACCUAGUAGCAAUCCACCAAUUGAUGCCACUUCAACUUCUAGCCUUAUAUCAAAGUCUCCCAUAAGAACAAUUCCUGCAAACUUACCCGCUAAGGACUCAACAAAGUCUAGGGAGAAGAAGAAACCAGGUUGGAAUUGGUUUAACAACAAACGGACACCUUCGGAGACAGACAACUCUGAUUCAAAUUCCGAUCAACUACAAUUCGAAAAGGGGAAUAGUAAUGAAAAUUUUCCUGCUGUCUCUGUGCAGUCAGCACCAUCUCCUGAACGUGUGGACAGAAAAGUAAACCACUCCAGGAAUCGUCAUAAGCUGCCGUCUCCGGAGAUGGCUAUAAUGCAUACCUCGGAAGCACUCGUGGAAAAACUGCCGCCAGCUGAACCUGGUCAAGAUCUAAGGCCACAGCAACGCAAAAAAAAGGAAAAGUUGGAAAAAAAGUUCAUGAAGAUAUUCAAGAAGAAGGCGGCUCCAGGGCAGCAGAACGUUACGACGUCUUUACAUCAACCCUUAGAUGGAGCAGCUAAGUCUAAAGUGAAAAGUAGUCAUGAACAUAAACGGCCCUAUUCUGCAACUAAGAAAGAAAACGGAAGGCGGUCUGCUGCUGAUCAUCCAAAUAUACCGAAGAUUCAUGGAAGUACCAAUACACAAUAUACAUCAUCUGAGCCUAUUUUAGAUAAUAAUAUAUCCCGAAACUUAAACGGAGCAUCAGAUCUUGCCCUUUCAAAGCCCACCAAUGAUGUAGCGAUCUUACAGCCCGCAGUAAAUGUGAAAAGCUCUAAGGAUUCGCCAAAACAAGAAAAUCAUUCAACGCCAGUGCGGAGUGUUAACGAUAAACUUCAACAAAAGUUGCAGCAACCACAAGUAGACCCAAAUUUAAACGCCUCUGGACCUGUAACAAGUUCCCAACCUGAAUCCUCUAUUGGUCCGUUGAAGGAUGAAAACCAGGGUGUAGAGUUUGGGCAACGAGAUGGCUUACCGACUAAAUUGCUAUCGGCUUCACAAAAACCAGAAUCUUCCCCCAACGUGGAACAAAAUGAUUCCUUGGUCAGGAAAAUCAGCGAACCAGAAUAUGCUCUACCUCCACGUGAGCUGACGUUCGACGAUGUUAUAAGGCCCGAAAAACCGAAUUCUCCGAUGAAGUUUACCCCCAGUGCCUUUGGUUUCCCGUUGCCUCCUUUAACGAUAUCUACAGUGAUAAUGUUUGACCAUAGGCUGCCAAUAUACGCCGAAAGAGCCAUUUACAGACUAAGCCAUCUGAAGCUAAGUGAUCCCAAACGUGAAUUACGACAACAAGUGCUAUUAAGUAACUUCAUGUAUUCAUAUCUGAAUUUGGUGAACCACAGUUUGUACUUACAACAGAUUGAGGAGGAAAAAAACAUGGGCAUGAAUACAUAA